CCUGAUUUUUUUUCCCUUUUUUUUCCAAAUGCUUGGGUUUGAAUGAUCAACACUUGUUCUCCUGCUUCUCGUUCUUUGCAUUGACUCUUAUCAAUCCUCCUUAACACAUUUUCACGAAGGGGACUCUGGAUCUAUCUUUGUUAUAAGAGGACAGCAGUCAAGGAAUAUAUACGUUUUGAUUCUUCUUCUUACUUGCAUUGCAAACAUGGAUGUUUUGGCUAGUUAUAGUAUAUUCCAGGAGCUUCAGAUUGUACAUGACACUGGCUACUUCUCAGCAAUGCCAUCUUUGGAAGAGAAUUGGCAGCAGACAUGUCUGGAGUUGGAACGGUAUUUGCAGACAGAACCUAAGAAAAUGACAGAGACCUUUGGGGAGGAUAUUGACUGUUUUCUUAACACCUCUAUUGCUCAGGGCACGGAAGGCAAUGCCCGAAAGCUUGAUCCCAUUGUAAUUCCUGUGGACAUUAGCACAUACGAGAAGCGUCCUAGCAUGGACGUUUUGCUCUCGCAAGACAAACUGCUAUCUGAAACGUGCGUUAGUCUACAGCCCGCUAGUUCUUCUUCAGAGUGCUACACAUCCGUAAAUCAAGCGCAACUCAAUGCAGUAACUUCUCUAACGCCACCAUCCUCUCCAGAACUCAGUAGGCAUCUAGUCAAAACCCCCCAGUCCCUAUCUUCACUGGACGGCACUGUUACGUUAAAACUUGUGGCCAAAAAAGCCUCUAUCAGCUCGGGAAAGGCAACAGAGUCUGCAUCGUCUGCCGUUACGUCAAAGUGUGCCCUCAGCGACAGUGAGCAGGCUGGUGGCUCGGGGGAAGCAUCCCCCGAAAACAAGAAAAGGGUUCAUCGGUGCCAAUUUAAUGGCUGUCGGAAAGUCUACACGAAGAGUUCACAUUUGAAAGCUCACCAGAGGACGCAUACAGGUGAGAAGCCAUACAAGUGUUCCUGGGAAGGAUGUGAGUGGCGUUUUGCUCGGAGUGAUGAGCUUACGAGGCACUAUAGGAAACACACAGGGGCAAAGCCAUUUAAAUGCAACCACUGUGACAGAUGCUUUUCCAGGUCUGAUCACCUUGCUUUGCACAUGAAGAGACAUAUCUAAGGACAUUAACAAACACAUGGCUCUUUGGCCUUGGUAGUGCCCAAUUUUUGAUGGACACUUCUGGCGAUACCCUUAAUCUUGCAGGAGAAACAUUGCCACAUGUAAAGCUCUGUACACAAAAUCCAUAUGAAAUGUUAAUGUAUCAUCACAUGCUCGCUCAUACAAGAGAACACGGUCUGUUUUUUAUGCCUUAUCCCCAUCCUGAUUGAGACGGAUGCAGGCAGAUGACGGUUGAUUUUUAAGGAUCUGUGAUUUCCUCAUACAGUUGCAUACUGGAUGCUCUUAUAUAUGUUACCACGGAAACCAAGAUAAACAAGACUUGCCUGCAAGUGGACAGUGGUCUUAAGGAGCUCUGAAGAACUCACUUUAUUGCAACUCAGAAGCUACUGAAAAAAAGCCACCUUCAAGUUGCAUUGUUGUAGCACUAAUACUUUCUUUUAAAAUUUAUUUUAAGAGAAAAGAAAUAAAAAGACGGAUUUCGAACUAGGAAACCAAAUGUCACUUCAUGAGCCUGUAGGUUUGUGUUAAUAUCUGAAGACUCCAUAUCAAGAAAGGAUCCUGCUACGUAUUGGUUCCCUGUGGUUUUGCUUCUUCACUGACCUUUUAUCUCAAUGCCAUAGGCCUUACUGGCACAAAACUGGUGGAGUCACAAAUAUAAAAGUGUCUGCAAUUGACUGGUCUAUAUUUCAAUAGGAUUCAUGAAUGGAGGAUCGCCAAGAACAACUCCUUAUCCCCCACCUUUUCCUCAAUUAUUUAUUUUGUAUUUCUUUCAUUUGUUUUACAUUGUAUGCACUAGGGACUUGUAAAAGCCACUAACACUGACUGUGACAGGACCUGAUUUGUCAAAAGUGAAGUGUCCUGGCUUCAGUGUGUGCACUUCCAAAGGUUAAAAACCUUUCCUUUUUUAGUUCUGUUUAAUUUGAAAAAGAAUUUGAGAAACUUUGUUCUGUUCACUCUAUGGACUAUAAUCUGAACUUUUAUUUCUCCACCUGGACACUCUUAGCUUGGAAGUGAUCAGCCACCCAUAAUUUGCUACUAAGGUUUGGCAGACUUCAAGCAUUGUUCCACUGAACUUUCCACACUUUGUGCUUGAUCAUUGACUUCUAGUCCUAACAUUAUAAUAGUUAGUAACUUGAUGUUAUUUCCAGAGCAGCUGCAUUUUUUACUAAAUAUUUUGUUUAAGUGUCAACAACAACUGCAACAAAAAGCCAAAUAUCUGAACCUGUAGAACACUGAAUUUUGAAGGACACCUUAAAGUAAGUUGAGUUUGUACCAUCAGUGGUCUAACAACUGACUCUUCCUUGCAUACGAAGGUCAACAACUGGGCACUUUUUAAAACAAUUCAGAGUGCUCAUAUAGGUAGGAAUAAUGGCUACAUUUAUCCAGAAAAUUGACUUUUUUUUCCACAGGGAUAUCAUGCAAUUUCCAAGCAGAAGGUCCUGUGCGGCCUUACAUUUUUAAUAACAUCAGGGGUUGUAAAGGAACUAAACCUUACCUAUAAAGAAUAAAUGAGAAUCUACCACAAACAACAAAUGAUCCAUGUACAUAUAAGUCAUAUCAGUUGUCAUUAGGCUGUACUCCAAAAGCUGCCAAUCAGACCAUAUCAAGUGAUCAAUUCAAGUAGGUGUGGUGGGGAACAGGUUGUAUAUUUUGUAUAUUCUGGGACCACCCCUAAGCAGCUAUUAAAAUUGCACAUUUGGCCCCACUGUGUCCAGAUGAACGCAGCUCUUUUACCCCAGCCAACUGGCCUCUUUUUAUCUUGUUUUGACUCCUUGACUGUUAAACAAAAAAAAAAAGAAAGAAAAAAAAAUAAAAAAGUAAAAUGAAUAAAAAACAUAAAAUACUUAAAAAAAAAUACUUAAAAAUCAUUAGAAAAGAAAACCUUUUCAAAGUCUGAGACCUAAACAGAUGGAAUAGAUCAAUAAAUGAAAGAGCAGCCUUGGCACUUACGGUUUAAGCUUGCAGUUGCCAGAGGGACACAGAAUUUUGAUUUCAAUUUCCCUCUGGCUGCUAAAAGGGUUUUAAACUUCCCUUUACUAUUGACAUGUGGUACCUGCCCAUUGUUGAUUAUUUUUUAUUUCUCACUAAAUAUAUUAAACUCUCGUUAUUUUAUUGUUAGAAUGGGGCAGGGAGAUGUUACAUGAUCAAGACCAAAACCUAAGAAUAUUUUAGGUGUUCCGACAAAUCUUGUAACAAA